CAUGAGCCAUGCAACCGAACGCACUCGGAACUCACCAUGUCCCCCACCAUAUCCCAUCCCCUCCUCCACAAUCUCCAAUCUUCUCUUUCGUGGCACGAUUUCUCGCUCCCGCGCUUGCUUCUCCUUCUCUCAGGCAUUUUCGCAAUCAGCUGUUGGGCAUGGCGUCGUUCCGCCGAGAAGAAGAACUCGCCGUCCCUGCCGCCGGGACCUGCGGGCCUCCCCUUCGUCGGGAACCUGCCCUUCCUCGACCCGGAGCUCCACACCUACUUCACUGCCCUCGCAAGGAAGUACGGCCCGGUCCUGAAGCUCCAGCUCGGCAAGAAGCUCGGCGUCGUCGUGACGUCGCCUGCCACGGCCCGUGAGGUGCUGAAGGAUAAUGACAUCACAUUUGCCAACCGCGACGUGCCCAUUGCCGCGAGGGCAGCAACGUAUGGCGGCUCCGACGUUGUGUGGAACCCGUACGGGCCCGAGUGGAGGAUGCUCCGGAAGGUGUGCGUGCUCAGGUUGCUGAGCAACCACAAGCUGGACUCCGUCUACGAUCUCCGGCGGAGGGAGGUCCGAAAGACCAUCGGGUACUUGCGGAUCCGAGCCGGGUCGCCGGUGAACGUCGGGGAGCAGGUGUUCUUGACGGUGCUCAACGUGAUCACGAGCAUGUUGUGGGGUGGGACGGUGCAGGGCGAGGAGAGAGAGCGCUUGGGUGCUGAUUUCCGGCAGGUGGUGUCAAAUUUCACGGAUCUUCUUGGGAAACCGAACAUUUCGGACUUUUAUCCGGGUCUGGCCCGAUUCGAUUUGCAAGGGAUAGAGAGGCGGAUGAAGGUAUUGGCAAAACGGUUCGAUGUAAUUUUUGAGCAGAUGAUUGAGAAGAGAUUGAAGAUGGAGAGAGAAGGCGGAAACGGGUCCUUGGACGGUGGUGAGAAGAGCAAAGAUUUCUUGCAGUUUCUAUUGGAGUUGAAGGAUGAAGAAGAUGCCAAGACUCCUCUAACAAUGACUGGCCUCAAAGCUCUGCUCAUGGACAUGGUAAUCGGUGGAACAGACACAUCGUCCAAUACAAUUGAGUUUGCCAUGGCUGAGAUCAUGAACAAGCCUAGCGUUCUGAGAAAAAUCCAGCAAGAAUUGGAAGCUGUGGUCGGCAAAGACAACAUAGUAGAAGAAUCGCACAUCCGUAAACUGCCUUACUUACUUGCUGUCAUGAAAGAGACGCUGAGAUUGCACCCGGCAGCUCCCCUGCUGGUCCCGCACUGCCCGAGCGCGGACUGCACCAUCGGAGGCUACACGGUCCCGAAGGGCUCUCGGGUUUUCAUCAACGUGUGGGCGAUACACAGGGACCCUUCCAUAUGGAGCAACCCCCUGGAGUUCGAUCCCGAGAGGUUUUUGCAUGGUAAAGGCGAUUACGGUGGGAACGACUUUAGUUACAUGCCCUUCGGGGCUGGGAGAAGAAUAUGCGCGGGGAUCGCGAUGGCCGAGAGGACGGUGUUGUACUCGCUCGCCACCCUCUUCCAUUCCUUCGACUGGAAGCUGCCCGAGGGAGAGAAGAUGGACCUGACGGAGCAGUUUGGGAUCGUCCUGAAGAAGAAAAAGCCUCUGGUGGCUAUUCCUUCACCGAGGUUCUCUGAUCCUCGGCUUUAUGAAUGAGCUAUUAUGUGGGUUUCACCAUCUGCACCGGUGCUUGCUGGUAUGGCUUCUUUCUAUAAUCUUACUUGCAUAGAACGAGGGAAACUAUGCAUUUACCUAUCUUCUUAUGGUCUAUUAAACUCUUAUCUACGUCAUCUAUGUAAUGACGUUUAUAUGUCGCAAUAAUAAAUGUUUUUAAAGUAAAAAUAAAGCCACACUUUGUAUA